AUGUCCUCCAACAGUGAUAUGGAAACUAUCUACACGCGUACUACCGAAGCUCCUUUGAAGGAACCAGACCAUUUACAAAACCGGAAGGAUCAAGGUGAUGUAUCUGAUAGCGAAAGCCAAGCACUAAAGGAGAGGCUAAAAGCGGCUGAGAAGAUGUUGAGACUCAGGGAGGAUCAGGUGAUAGCACGAGAGGAAGGUCUGACGACGAUAGAAGAGGGUCUGAGGCUGCGUAAGGAGGACUUAAAGUUUCGGGAAGAAGACCUGAACAUUCGAGAAGAAGAAUUGAAGGUACGAGAAGAUCAGUUGCACAUGCGAGAGCAAGAAAGGAGUCGAGCGGAACAUGAUGUCAUGACCCCUUCUCGUCCGGGCCGUUAG